ACGUCACCCGCGCGCCUGCUGCUACAUCAAUCACCUCCCCGCUCCGCAUCGGAUGCGCGGCCCAGCACGGCUUCAUCCGCAUCCACCCGCCAUCCUUCCACCUCCCCGUACCACCGGCGCCGGCGAUGGCCGCUUCCGGCUGUGCUGCCGUACCCCUCCGCGGCCUGGCGCUCCCGCUGCUGCUCUCCGUCCUUCCGCUCGCGCUCACCGCGCCCUCCGGCGCCUCCGCCGCCGCGGCCCGGGCGUGCACGUACACGCUCCGGGUGAAGACGUCCUGCGCGUCGCCGGCGGCGCGGACGUCCGACGCCGUGAGCGUCGCGUUCGGGGACGCGUACCGCAACGAGGCCCACGCGCCGCGGCUCCCCACGUCGGGGGCGCGCGCGCUGGAGCGGUGCGGCACCGACACGUUCCGCGUGCCGGGCCCCUGCGGCUACGGCGUCUGCUACCUCUACCUCCGCCGCGACGGCCGCGACGGCUGGGCGCCCGAGUGGGUGCAGGUCGUCCAGCCCGGCCCGCGCGCGCCGGUCGCGGCCACCUUCUACUUCGGCGACCCGCUGCCGGACGGCGUCUGGUACGGCCACGACCGGUGCCCCAAGGCCAAGGCCGCCGAUGCUGACGGUGAGCACGCGGCGCGCCCGGCGACGUCCACCGACGCGCAGCACGCCAGCAACUCCUCCGCUUCGCCUCGGGGAUGAAACCACCGGUCCAACCGCAACCUUGGCCUGCCAGGGAACCAGAGCAUUCUCGACGUCGUCCAUGGAUUGGUGCAUUGGAGCUGUAGCUCUGCUUCUUUGUCUGUUCGUGUCAGCAAGCAACGAUUAAUAAAAUAAUGUUCGAUCCCCGUUCGCGUAUA